CUUCUGUGUCUGUCUCUCGCCUUUGGGAAUUUGGGAUUCCAGAAGUCUCUGCUUGACUCACCGGCGGCGGCGGCGCGGCCAUCUCCGGCGAAAACCCUACCCUGCUCCGCGCCGCGGUCAAAGGUGGGAGCGUACCGAGAGGGGAAGCCGUGCUCGGAGUAGCGGAGGUGUCGGGAUGGUCUUCGGGCAGGUGGUGAUCGGCCCGCCGGGCUCCGGCAAGACCACCUACUGCAACGGCAUGUCGCAGUUCCUCUCCCUCCUUGGCAGGAAAGUCGCAGUUGUGAAUCUUGACCCUGCCAAUGAUGCGUUGCCAUAUGAAUGUGCUAUAAACAUCGAGGACCUCAUAAAACUCAGUGAUGUCAUGGCUGAGCAUUCACUUGGUCCAAAUGGAGGGCUUGUUUAUUGCAUGGAUUACUUGGAGAAGAAUAUUGACUGGCUUGAGGGAAAAUUGAAGCCUCUUAUUGAAGAUCACUAUCUGUUAUUUGAUUUUCCGGGACAAGUUGAACUUUUCUUCCUUCACUCAAAUGCAAGAAGUGUUAUUAAUAAACUCAUCAAAAAGCUAAACUUGAGGCUGACUGCUGUGCACCUCAUUGAUGCUCAUUUAUGCUGUGAUCCUGGGAAGUAUGUGAGUGCUUUGCUUCUUUCGCUGUCAACGAUGCUACAUUUGGAAUUGCCACAUAUCAAUGUCUUGUCAAAGAUUGACCUCAUUGAGAACUAUGGAAAUUUAGCAUUCAACCUUGACUUCUACACUGAUGUCCAAGAUCUUUCAUACCUGCAACAUCAUCUUGAGCAGGAUCCUCGUUCUGCCAAGUACAGGAAACUGACUAAGGAGCUCUGUGAUGUGAUCGACGAUUUUGGUUUAGUCAAUUUUUCAACUUUGGAUAUCCAGGACAAGGAAAGUGUUGGCAAUCUUGUGAAGUUGAUUGACAAGAGCAAUGGUUAUAUAUUUUCUUCUAUUGACAGUAGUGCUGUUGAGUUCAGCAAAAUUGCGGCGGCGCCUCUUGAUUGGGACUACUACAGAACAGCAGCGGUGCAGGAGAAGUACAUGAAUGAUGAUGAGUUCGUGCAACAGACAAGCAGGAUGCAAUGAGGCUGGCGGUGGCAUCCCCACUUUUGUAGCACUACGGGUUAAGCAUGUCAGUGUGGCAUACCAACUUCGGUUGCUGUAGAUGUUUUCUGAAGCUCCUUGCUAGUUGCCUGAUGUGUUGUAGCAUGCUGUCAUUCCCUUCUGGAAUGAAUACGAAACACCUGGGAAGUAAUGUAUUCCCAAUUAAGCUAUCUGGACACUGGAGCAAUGUUUCUUUUUGCGAGGAAGGUAGUGCUAUUCUCUGUUGAUUUCACGGUUUACACGAAGUUUACAAAAUUUCAGUUAAUCUUACGCU